UGCUGUUAGUAACGGUGCUGGUCGUGGAAGGGAUCGCCGUGGCCCAGAAGACCCAAGAUGGACAAAACAUCGGAAUCAAGCACGUUCCUACGACCCAGUGUGGCAUCUGGGUUCGAACCAGCAAUGGGGGACAUUUCGCUUCGCCUAAUUACCCCGACUCGUACCCGCCGAACAAGGAGUGUAUCUACAUUUUGGAAGCUGCUCCGCGUCAAAGAGUAGAGUUGACCUUCGACGAACAUUUUUACAUAGAACCAUCAUUCGAAUGUCGCUUCGACCACCUGGAAAUUCGAGACGGGCCGUUCGGCUUCUCCCCACUCAUAGAUCGCUUCUGCGGCGUGAAGAGCCCCCCGUUAAUUAGAUCCACGGGGAGGUUCAUGUGGGUUAAGUUCAGUUCUGACGAAGAACUUGAAGGACUGGGAUUUCGAGCAAAAUAUUCAUUUAUUCCAGAUCCAGACUUUACGUACCUAGGAGGUAUUUUAAAUCCCAUCCCAGAUUGCCAGUUUGAGCUCUCGGGAGCCGAUGGGAUAGUACGCUCUAGUCAGGUAGAACAAGAAGAAAAGACGAAGCCUGGCCAAGCCGUCGAUUGCAUAUGGACAAUCAAAGCUACUCCGAAAGCUAAGAUCUAUCUGAGGUUCCUGGAUUACCAAAUGGAGCACUCCAACGAAUGCAAGAGGAACUUUGUCGCCGUGUACGACGGAAGCAGUUCCAUUGAGAACCUGAAGGCCAAGUUUUGCAGCACGGUGGCCAAUGACGUGACGCUGAAAACCGGGGUGGGGGUCAUCCGGAUGUGGGCCGAUGAAGGCAGCCGGCUGAGCAGGUUCAGGAUGCUCUUCACGUCCUUCGUGGAGCCUCCCUGCACGGGCGGCACCUUCUUUUGCCACAGCAACAUGUGCAUCAACAAUUCCUUAGUCUGCAAUGGCGUUCAAAACUGCGCAUACCCUUGGGAUGAGAAUCACUGCAGAGAGAAGAAAACGGCAGGACUGUUCGAACAGGUCACCAAAACGCACGGCACGGUCAUUGGCAUCACCUCGGGGGUCGUCCUGGUCCUCCUCGUCAUCUCCGUCCUGGUGCAGGUGAAGCAGCCGCGGAAAAAGGUAGUGGCCUGCAAAACGGCCUUCAACAAGACCGGGUUCCAGGAGGUGUUCGACCCGCCUCACUACGAGCUGUUUUCUCUGAGGGACAAGGAGGUGUCUGCGGACCUGGCCGACCUGUCGGAGGAGCUGGACAGCUACCAGCAGAUGCGCCACGCGUCCGCCACCUCCCGGUGCGUCCACGAUCACCACUGCGGCUCGCAGGCCGCCAGCGUCAAGCCCAGCAGGACCAACCUCAGCUCCGUGGACCUCCCCUUCCGGAACGAUUUCGCUCAGCCGCAGCCGAUGAAGACUUUCAACAGCACCUUCAAAAAGAGCAGCUACACGUUCAAGCAGGCGCCCGAGGGCCCCGAGCAGGCGCUGGAGGACAGGGUGAUGGAGGAGAUGCCCUGCGACAUGUACGCCAGGGCCCGCGGCGAGCCGGCGCAGGCCUCCAUAUCCAUCGAUUUCUGACGGUCCCCUGCCGGGGGACACUAGCCACUGCGCAGCCCACAGAGCACCCCCGCCGUCUCCAGCUGCCAGCCCCCCCUCCUGUCAAAGCCGGGGCUGUCACUUCCCGGCCACCUGCCGUGACCAAGGUUGUGUGGCCUCAGGCGGUUGAUUUCUGUCGCAGCCACCAAGGAACUCGCUCCCCUCCGCCCCCCGCCCCGUGUCACCGUGUCACCGGCGAGCAUCUUCGCCCGGUGUCUGAGGAAUGAAGCGCCAGUUUCCGCAUCUGAGGUGGGAGGCGGAGGUGGGGAGCCAGGCUCGGGCUACCUGUCCUUUCAGCGACAGGAACCUGCUCACGACUGAGACACGGCUCUGUCGAUAUUUCCGUCCCACAGUACGUUUAAAGAUAAGAUGGCCCUUUGCAUCCACUUUUAUUUUUCCUUUGAAUUUCAUUCGUCCUGUGAGCCAGUCGUUUUGCCAUUUCCUGCAUUAACAUACGUGGGUCAUGUGCCACAUGUAUGUCCACAGUGGGCGUUUGUUCUAGAAUUUGUCAGAGCGUCACAAUCACCGCGGUCAGCGCCAGCAAAGACCCAGAGCUGCGGCCCGUCCACCUGCUGCUUCCUGAGCGGCCUCGAUACCGUCGCCUUUUAAUUACUGAAUCCUCCGUCUUUAUUUUCGGUGAGAAGCAGAUGCUUUAUCACCUUUAAGUCUAUUUCGUCUUAGUUCUAUUAUGCUAGAAAAUGUCAUAAUUCUGGGAUGUCUCUACCAUGGCCCGUUUGACUAACACCUUGAAAAAAGAUGAAACCUUCUGGAAAUGCUUUGAAACGUCCCAAACCUGGUCCCGUUCGACGACGGCUCAUCAUUCACUUCCGCGAGCAGAGUCGUCGAGUCCGUUUUGGGGGAGGCCUGUAAUUAUGUCUGUCCCCAGUGUUUCUCUCCGCCGGACGUGUCCCCCGUCAUUUCUGCAGAAAGGGUAUCGAGCUGCCUCUGUCUUAGGUCACCUCGCAGCGCGUGGCAGCCAGGGUCGCGAGAGUUACAGGAAGCCCUCUAAACCUGCGCAGGCCUUCGGAUCGCUUCUUACCUGGGACAACGCAUUUUUCUAGUUCUUACCAAGAAAAACUACUUUCACUUUUUUUUAAACUGCACUUUUGACCUUAUUUUUUUUAUGGUAUGUAAACAAUAAUUUAUAAACAUGAUAUAAAAACUCAUUGUGUUUUUUUAGACUUUUGAUAUUAUUUGAUACUGUACAAACUUUAUUAAAUCACGAUGAAAGGCCGACGUGACAGAUUUCUUUCGGUGUUCGCAUUAGUAGCUCUGCUGGAAGCACCCACUAUAAUUUAUUGUGAAGACCUUGAUAAUGUGUACGUAGCUUUUGGUUUCCUUUCGUUGUUGCGUUUGGCUUAUAAUAAAUUUUUUCACUGUGUGAUAUUUAUUGUUCUAAAUCACUACACAGAUCUCAUAUUAAAAUAUGCAUUGUUACAUGAUUCUUCAAUCAUGUUAUUUAUGGCACUGAGGUUUCGGAUCUUAAGAUGUAUAUGGAAAAGGAAUUCAUGUAUGAAUUACAACUAAUACACGCCGUUCAAACGAGAUAAAUUCUCAUUUUCUAUAUUUUUUGGUAGUAAAUUCUCAAUGAAAUGAGAAAUUUUAAGUUUCACUGGAUUUCGUUAAUUGUUUUAAGUAUCACAUCUGUGUUUUCUCAGAUUAGUGGAAACUGACCUUAAAUGAUAGACAUAUAAUUCUCCUUCAAAAUGAUUCUUACAUCACUGUUUUUAACAAGUACAUAAUAUCCAGGAGAUAGGAAAACCUGUACACAGUAUUUUUAUGAUUUAGUUUUUUUUAAGUCAGCAUAAUUUCUUGUUUUAAAAAUGUAACUUGGGAAGGUAGAAGGACUCCAUGAGUGUAGUACUCAGUGAACUAAUGAAGCAGAGCCAGAUCAGAUAGCUAAAUUCUUUCAGCGGCUGUGUUGAAUAGGUAUGGUCAUAGAUAACUUGCCGGCCAACGUUUGAAGGACAUAAUAAAUACUUGAUGUAAUAA